AAGUAUUCCCCAGGCCGACAGAAAGAGUAGUAGUAGCAGUAGUUGUUAUUGUGCCGUUGUAAAGGCAAGACCCCCGCAACAUUCACUUGAUCGGAUCAGCUGAGAAGAGACAGGUGCGUUGCAGAUAAGGUGAUACACAGGUGAUGUGUAUGUGUGUGCAUUUUUAUGUGUGGCAAUGAGGGUAGCCCACUGUGCCACCAUCACCACCCUUCACCAUUAUAUACAUCGCUGGUUUCCUUCCUCAAGAUUGCUCCCACAUCACCACCACUACCGUGACAUCACCACCACCACCACCACCAGCACCAUGGCAUCAACAACCAUUAAGGUGUGCGCCAACCUGACCACCAUGUUCCCUGAGCGUGGUCCGCUGGCCAGCCGCUAUGCUGCUGCCAAGAGGGCCGGCUUUAAGGCUGUGGAAACGUCGCUGCCAUACAGGGAGUCUGCCGAAAUUCUGGCCAAGGAGUUGCAGGAAAACCAACUCACACAGGUCCUCAUCAACUCUGAUCCAGGUCACAUUGAAGGCGGGGAGAUGGGGUUUGCCUGCAUCCCCGGCCAGGAGGCAAUAUUCAAGGACAGCCUUGACAAGACGCUCACCUACGCCAAAGCUCUCAACUGUGGCAUGGUUCACAUCAUGGUGGGCCUCCAGGACAAGAAACACACAGAAGAGGAGCACAUGCAGACCCUGCAGAAGAACCUGCAGUACGCCGCCGACCUCUUCCGCAAGGAGAACAUCGUGGGAGUGGUGGAGCCCAAGAACAACAUCACCUUCCCUGGAUACUUCCUCAACGACUUUGACAAAGCGGUGAGCCUGCUCUUCAAGAUUAACUCCCCCCAUCUUCGGCUCCUCCUGGACUUCUUCCACCUGCAGCACAUUUGUGGGAACAUCACACAGAACAUUGACCGCCUCCUCCCCUACACUGCCCAUGUGCAAGUGUCUCAGCCCCCCCAACGCUCUGAGCCUGACACACCUGGGGAGCUGGACUUUGUGUACAUCAUCAAUAAACUCAAGUCUGCAGGUUACACGGGGUACAUCGGUGCUGAGUAUUUCCCCUCCACUAAGAAGACUGAAGACUCACUUGGCUGGAUCAAGAAGUGUGGUCUCACCUUCUAGGUGGGAUGCCAAGAAGACGGAGGAGGUAUGAGGAAGGAAGAAUGAGCCAAGUGCCUUGAAGAGGUUGAAUAAGAAGUGAAUGGAAGACUGGACUCCAGAGGAAGAGAAGAGAAGGAAUUGUUUAUAAGGACAUUUUUUAUUUUGUCAUUACUAAUGGGUAAUUUAGUUUUCUUUGUUUGUUCUAGUCUGUUAUGGGGUGCUGUUUUGUAUGAGCCGUUGUUAUUCUUUCAUAACCUCCUGGAAUAUUAGUUUUGAUGGGCGGAAUAGUAACAAGAUUGGCAUUUGUUUGAUCAUGAUUUGUUUACUACUACCACCACUAUCUGUACUGCUACCACUAACAUUUGACUACUAACAUUACCACCAUUAUUUCUAGUACUAAAACUAUCACUGCUAUUCUACUACUAACAUGAACACUGACAUUUGCACUGCUACUGUUUAUCUUGCUGUUUAUCUUUUCCCUUUUAGUUCCACAAUCUCUUCCUUCCUCUCCUAAACUUCACAUUCCUUCAUAUGCUGUUGUUUCCUCCCUUCCCCACCGCACAUUAAUUUCCUCCUGUCAUCCUACAUUUCCUUCCUCCUUAUUUCUUUCUUUUUAUAGAGUAGAGUGACACUGGCAGAUUACAGAAGGGUUGUCUUUGUUAUUAUUAUCGUUGCUGUCUUCCCUGCACAGAUUUAUGGGAUUGUGGUAAGGAAUGCAUGCUGGGAAGAAGAAAAAAGAAGUUACUAAUAUAUGGUUUAUUUUGUUA